AGUGAGGCUGCGCACCAGAGGCCACAGUUAGGCAUCAAGUCCGUGUAGGCUGUGUGACAACGAUUCUUUUCCACCCAAAGAGCUCCUAGGACCAGUCUCUUGGUUCUUAUUCCGACACCCAGCCUGGCUACUUGCGGCUCAUCCUGCUUCGAUGUGAUUCUCCCGAACCGAACAUUCUUGCUGGCGUCUUAGUUUCAAACACUCUUGUCGGUUGUGAAUAUAGCUGGCCCCAGUCCAGACUCUUCACUGUCAUCCAGUGUCCUCAACUUCACCGUUAAUACCUUUACACAUAAGCUCAACCCACCUUGGACGACAAAAUCCUUCUACAGUCCGACUCUCCAUAAUUUAUCCGAUCGUACGCACAUUAUGGCAGGUCAUAAAGCAAGACGGAUAGCCAAGGAUCUAGCAGACAUCCGGGCAGACUCUGCCUCGAGCAUCUUCGCGGAGACCGUUGGAGACAGUAUUACAGACCUCAGAGGUUCCUUCAAAGGCCCGUCCGGGACACCAUAUGAGGGUGGCACAUAUGAAGUUUCCAUCAAAAUCCCCAAUGAAUAUCCUUUCAAGCCACCAGUCAUGAAAUUUGUCACGAAAAUAUGGCACCCAAACAUCUCCAGCCAAACGGGCGCUAUCUGCCUCGAUACCUUAAGUACGGGCUGGUCACCAGUUCUGACCAUCAAAUCCGCCAUGAUCUCUUUGCAGUCGCUACUCAGCUCCCCCGAACCGAAAGAUCCCCAAGAUGCCGUUGUCGCUCAGCAAUUGAUUAAGAAUCCCAAAGAGUUCGAGAGGCAAGCCAGGGAAUGGGCAGUGAAAUAUGCAGGGGCACCGAAAUCGUUGAUUGGAGAGAGCAGUGGAGGCUCAACUGCCGAGUCGAUUGAGGAGGCCGAGAAGGAGAGCAAAGAGAGAGAAGCCGCUGCGAACAUGGCAGUUUAUGACGGUUACAACAAGGACUUGAUUGAUCGAUUUGUGCUCAUGGGCUUUGAUGUGGAACGAGUGGUAGAAGCAUUCAAUUACGUGGGCAUUGACCGCAAUGGAGGACAAGAUUACGAACUCGAGGAGGCGUACAUGGGCGACAUCACUGCUAGACUUCUGGGUGAACCCUGACUGAGGACAGGUCGAGAUCGAGGCUUUGAAGCAUCAAGCGAUGGUGUUAAUUGGUUUCGGGCUGCUGCACAAUUAUCAUGAAUGUAUAUCACGAUGGCUUAUGACCAUAUGGGACAAUGAGAAAUGCCCUGUUUGACUUGA